AUGGGAAUAACAAAAACUGUUGUUAUCAAAGAAAGUAAUGGAGAUGUUAAGUGCUACACAUUUAAAGUCACACAAACAAUGAAUGACGGUGAAAUGUUUUCAGUUGAUAAUAAACUGUUUAUAUUAAAGGUCGUCCAUAAACGAUUUAGAAGAGAAGGUGACGACGUUGUGUGUUAUUUGAAUGAUAGUGAGAUAGAUAAGUUAUUCAAAAACAUAGUAAACACUCCAACCUUUGUAGCAAUCAGUUUCCAGUCGGAUGAAGUUGAAGGUAAAGAGAAAAGAGUGACUGGCGCGGGGUUCAAAAGACCAAAUGGAGGGUUUGGCGAUUUUGUAAUUCGAAAAAUCAAAGACAGAAUACCAGAAAAUUGGCCAUCCGCUUUAAAAAGUCGAAUAAUAAAAGAAAGAAGUUUAAUGAAUAAUGCGGAGAGUUUACUAAAGGACUUGGCAAGUAAAAUUCAGUCAACACAAAAUUCAAUUGAUGGGGCAACAACUGUUCAAAACACAAAACAACAAGAAGUUGACGAUUUGGAUGAAAAAAAGAAGAAACUUGAAGAAGUUGUUGAAAAGGAAAAAAUUGAGAUACAAAGAAAAAAAGAGGAGUACGAGCGCAAGAUUCGAGAAGAAGGUGGACAAGUCGAAAAAAUACUGAAAGAGGCACAGGAGGAGGGGAGACUUGCACUGUACAAAUUAUCACAAAACAAGAUGGUGAGUUAUAAAGAAAACAGUACCAACACAAAUGGACUUUAUCAUUUCGAGUUUGAAAACAAAGAAUUUUGUGUUAAAGAGUGUAAAGAUGAUAAAGUGAAUGUUCUUGAUAUCAACACGGUUGGAAGAGGCAAAAAUAAAAUGAAGCAAAUGAACGUCAAAUCAAUUGGAACGAUUAAAAAGGAUAAAAAUCACGACUUUAGUAAUACAUAUGAAGUGUUAGAUACUCUUGCUAAAGAACAAAGUGUGAAUGUGUUUGAUGUUGAUAUACCAAAAGACUAUAACAAACGCGUGUUUCCAGUUGUUGUAUGUCACUUGAGCCAAAUUGGAAAUGAUGUAAACCUCCCAUUGGUGUUUCCAGUAGAAGUACCAAGAUGUGACAAUGUGACUGAAUACAUCUAUGGGAAUGGAUACAACAAGAAAAGUAAAUGUCAAAAUGGGAUAAUAGUGUUACAUGUACAUCAAGGAGGUGUUGUGGAGUACAACACACUUAAAGUCAAAAGUGAAGAAAUUACAUUCCAAAAUGAUGGAAAUGAUAAAGAAGAAACAGAGAAAGAAGAAGUCAGUGAUACAGGUUUAAAUGAAAAAAUAGAAAAAGUUGAGAAAAUCGAACAAGUAGAUACUCUUUCAAAAGAACAGUCACAUGUCAUUACUAACACUGUGAACACAAUAUUAAUAACUGGAAAAGAAAAACCAAAUGAAGUUAAAGAAGAACCGGAAAUUCAAGACAUACUCGAAGAAAAAGAUAAAACAUGUGAUAAUGAUGAAGAAAAGAAAACGACGCCACCAAAAAAUAAUAAUGAAAGUUUUAAAAAAGUUGAAAAAAUAGAGAAGGGUGAAGACAAACAAGAAAAAACUAACGAUAUAUCAGAUAUCAUAAAUUGCGAAACAAUGAGUUUUGACGACAUGAUUUGUGACCAAUGGGAAGACUUAAAAUAUUCCAAGAAAAACAAGAAACUUGAGUUUAUUCCAUGUAAAGAAUGUCCUUAUAAAAAAUCUAUUGGGAGUGUUUAUAUAUUUGAAAAAGACAAUGCACGGUACCAAGUGUCUUUCAACAAAGAUAUAGGGAAAUUUUCGGUUCAAGAAAAAGAUGGUGUUGAUAGUUACAUUUACAAUGUCGAAAAAAAUGAAGAAAAGAAAAGUUUUGUAACUGAUACGUCAUUUAAUUUAACAAAAAUACUUGAAAAAAACAAGAAGUCACCAUCUCAAAAAGUGUUUGGUGUUGUUGCUGGAAUAUAUCAAUGGAAAAACUCGAAAUACGAAGAAAAGACAAUGGACAUUAUUAUUCCACUAAACAAGGAUUGCAUUGGCAAGAACUUCAUUUUUAAAGUCUCUGAGAAAUUGGUUUACAAAUUUUCUAUUAAUUAA